GAAGAGUUAGAGGGAGAGAGAGCCAGAGCGAGGGGAGUGCAAGAGAGAAGUUAGCCGAGCUUCCACAAAUCACUCUGUCACCAGCAAGCUCUGACAAGCAUCGGGAGAGAGGGAGAAAGGGGAGAGAGACUGGGGAGUUAAAUAGAGGUGCGACUAGGGAGUAGUUUCAGAGCAAGAGGGAAGGUGUGAAGGAGCUUAAAGGAGGUGAUACAGAUGGAUGGAUAGAGGGAAGAGAGGACAAGACUACAAUACGGUUCUCAUAACUUUCAAGAGGGACUGUUACUCCUGCUGCUGCUGCUGCUGGGUCUGGAUGGUGCACAUGUAAAGAGGUGUGUCAAACUUAAGCAAAUAUUGUUACGAGAGUUGGAGUGGCAGUCUGUUAUUUUAAAGCAUCCCCUGCCUGAGCUGUUUUUUUUUAUCUCAUGCUCGAAACACAGGGAUAACAUUAUUGUGUUUUAGAAUAAAGAGACAGUGUCAGAAAACUGGUCAUAGUGUGUCAAGUAGGCACGAGUCGGAAAUCAUUUUUCUAGCAGCUGUACACGGAUCACAUGCUAUUAAUGCUAAAAAGGGGUAGUCAGAGCGGAGAGUGUUUGAGUGUAUCAGAUGUGUCUUUGUGGGGACAUGUCUUAAUGGCUUAACUGCAUCAGAAUAAGUUAUUGAAACUUUAAAUACUACAUUAUACAUUUGUUCCUCUGGCCCCGAGGAUACUUGAUUAUUCCGGGUUGACUCAACGCCCCAAGGGUCAAACUUUAAACACUGAGAAAUAGGAAGCUAUUUUUUACAACUUUAAGAACAGUAUGAAUUGUUGCUAUUUUCUUUCUCUUUGUCAUAUUUAGAAAGGGCUUAAUUUACUUCACAUCCGUGUACAGGGUAGUCCUGAAUGAUCUGUGAAGAGACCUCGGGGUGAAGAAGGACAGGAAGCAGAGUCAGCGGAAAAAUCUUAGACUCAAAUGUUAAGGGCUAAAGAACGUUUUGUUUUGACAUGUGGAAGUUUCUUUGAGUAAGACAAGAUUUAUUUUAACCGGAGUAUUUGGGUGUGUUGUGACUCACUGAGGGUCUUCUGAAUCUUGGUGUGUGCUUCUGUUUGCACGUUAGGCUGGGCUCUGUUAGCAUUUGACAGCGUCUGGGACGUCAUUGUGUUACCCGUGUGGCUGAGUCAGAGGCUGGCUCAGGUCUGUCCGCCCACUGGGAAUCUCUACAUUGGUUUUCAUGCCAAGAAGACACAAGUGCUAGGUGGUUUUCACAGCAGCAGCAGAGGCAGCAACUGCGGUGGCACCACUACUCCUGAACUUUGAGGACUCUCCACACUGCUUUUAUUGUUCUGCUGUCUGUAAACACCUUGCGUAACUCACACCUCUCCACGGAGUGAUUCACUGUUCCCUAAGCAUCCCUGGUCGGUGGCAGACAGUGAAAGGGAGGAUUCGCCGAGAACCAGAGCCCAAAAGUAGUUGCAAACAUUCACCAUGAAGCUGGCGUUGUUGAUGCUCAUGGUCGUCUACAUGGUGGGCAACGUAAGCAGCAUGUCCACAUGUAAGACGCUGGACCUGGAGAUGGUGAAGAAAAAGCGCAUUGAAGCCAUCAGGAGCCAGAUCCUUAGCAAAUUGCGUAUGCCCAAAGAGCCUGAGCCGGAUCAGACGGGGGACGACGAGGAGAUCCCCGUCCCCCUGCUGUCCCUCUACAACAGCACCAAGGAGAUACUGACAGAGCAGCAGAGCGAGGUCCAGACUGACAUCUCCACGGAGCAGGAGGAGGAGGAAUACUUCGCCAAGGUGCUGCACAAGUUCAACAUGACAG